AAUAAGUGAACAGGUUUCAACAGACAUUUUACAGUUUUACUGAUAUACUUGGGAAGUUUUCCUUUUCAUCUCAUCUAUCCCAUUUCUGGGUAGGAGAAUCUCAUAAAUACACACAGGCUUGACUUUAGAGUUUCUCACCAUAUCUCCUUAUAUAUUUUUUAAAAUGCACGUACAUUUCACAUUAAACUGUCUUAUUUUGAAGAAUUUGUGUUCCCUAUGUAUAAUUUGGGCUAAACUAUUCUGACUGUUGAUUUUAUACAAUGAAGCAUGUUUCUAGUAUUUGCUCAAUAUGAACAAAUAUUUAAAAUGGAGAAUAAAUAUGUAGAGACAAAGCUUUCUAAUAAAGUUGCAUUUAGUAAAUAGAUAAAGUUAAUUUCAAAUGUUCAGAAGGAUCUAAGGUUUUACAAGAGUCAGUGGGCCUCAGCAUAUGAUUUUAAUGGUGACUUGGGAUGUUUUCACUUUUAAAUUUGCACUAAAAAAUAAGCAAAAACCUUAUUUUGCUGAGAGCCAUAAAAAUAUGACCUACUGUGGAGUUCUAGUUUUGCUUUUUUAAAAUUUGGGUCAUUAAAAUGUUUCUGUUUGCUAAUCUAAUUCUCUUAAUUAUUAUUUUGAGGUUCAAAUAACAUUAAAUUUUAAUUUUAUGUUUCUCUGCCAGACAUAGUGGUGUAUGCCUGUGAUCCCAGCACUUGGAAAGCUAAGGCAGGAGAAUUGCUAUGAGUAUGAGGCCAGCCCAAACUGCGCAGUGAAACCCUAUUUCAAAAAAAGUGUGUGUGUGUGUGUGUGUGUGUGUGUGUGUGUGUGUGUGUGUGUGCGCACAUGCAUUUGUGCAUCAAAGGGAGGCUGGAGUUUUACUAUAUGUGCUGCCAAAGCCAGCACAAGGGGCUAGAGUUUUAAAAAUAAGAAAAAAUGGGGGCUGGGGAUUUAGCUCAGCGGCAUAAGCACCUGCCUUGGAAGCAGGCAGUCGUGAGUUCGAUCCCCGGUACCGAUAAAAAGGAAAAAGACAAAAAAAAAAAAAAAAAGAAGAAAUGGAAAUCAGUGAAGUGGAAAAAUCUUAACAUCCUGUGACUUGGGUGAGCUGAGUGUUUUCCUGUGCUCUGCUGCUAACCUUGUUCUCUCCUUUGCUGCUUUUAAACAUUGGCUUCUUCAUUUGGAAUAUGAGCAUUAUUUUCUGUAGUUCCCUUAUGGGACUGAGGUGGUAGCAGCUCAGUCACAACGUAUAGGUAUCUUGUAGAGUAUGAUUGCUAUAUACUUUUUAAUGAGAAACUGUAACACAAGAUAAAUAUUCCUGUCAAAACUUAGUGUUUUCUGAAACAUUUUAUCUGAGUUUUCUCUUUUUACUGAUAUGAAAUAGAAGACUUUUUGUUCCCUCCCCCCCCCAAUUAAAUUCAAACUCUAAACUGGCAGGAUCUCCUUGAGUUUCACUUCCGCAGUUGGACUAGAAUAGUUUUCAUCGCGGAUUUUCCCAGUAGGUAGGUAGACAACCAGCUUCAGCCUGUAGUAUCAAGGAUAGACUGGUUUUGUGCUGUCUUUGUUGGGGGUGAAAGUAUCCAACAGAAGCAGAUUGACUCAUUGGUCAUUGGUAUGUAUUCUGGACCUCCCUUCUCUAAACAAGGCCAUCUCAUUUCCUUCUUUCCCUACACACUGUCUGCCGACUCACCUGUUGGGAAAUGCCAGCAAUGUUGGUUCUUUCCUGUUCUCUGUGUUCUGUCACUUGUUGAGACAGAGUAAUGCUGCUCUUCUGGGGGGCCUUUGAGAACAUUCUCACUCUUGCACCCUCACUGGUUGUACCUAGGAUCUCGUCAGUGCCUGUCACUUGCACUUGCCAUCAUGGCCCUUUUUCCCACAUGGUAAAGUCUAAUCUCUCUGAUUUUGUAUACCCUUAAUUUCUCCUUCUAAUUUGGUCACACAGUGUUUCUGUGCAUAAACACUGCCAUCUAGCCACAUACAGCUAUCUUUCAGGAAAUAUAUCUGUGGUACUUCUAUUCCCCAGGGCCAUGUUGAGUAAGAACACAGUCUCUGCCUGGGUUCAGAUCCUGUCUGCACUGUUUUUACCUUGUUUCUCUGAAAAUCUAACUACACUCUGCGUCAGAUUCCUCACAGUAAAAUGAGACUACAGAUAGUCUGUUUUAUAGUGUUGUUGGAAUCAUCAAAGAGACUAUCCAUGUAACCAACUUAGAACUGUGCCUGCCCGAAUAUUUUAAGUGUUCUGCGUAUUUGCUGCAAUUAUUGUUAAUUACUGUUACUAUUUCUAUCUAACAUCUUUCAGAAUUCUUCAUAUAUCUCUGCUUAAGUAGUUUUCCCAAGUCUACCCAAUCAUCUACCCAAUCACAGGUAAUCAUACCCAUUCAUUAAUUUAUACAUGUACCCAUUGCUUAAAUUUUUUUAAGACUUGCUUAAAUAUUGAGUGCUUAAUUGUGUACAAGGCAUCACUACUCAUUCAAAGGAAUACAAAACAUAAGGUAAUCUGAUGCCCUCUAGGAACUUAAGAGACUGGCAGGACAGAUCAGAGGAAUGUAAAAUAUUAAUCCAUUUUGCAGAUGUUUUUUUGAACAACCACAGAGGAUCCAGGCGCACUGUGUGUAGUUACCCCAGCAUCAGCCUAGUGUCAUGGUUAAUGACUAGCUUCGGUGAAAGAUCAGAAUUUGAAUACCAUAUUAAGCAAACUACAGUGGAAGUGUUUGAGGAUUGUGGAAAAGAGAGUUUACAGUCUAGGAGGAUCAGCAAGGAGCAAGGACCAACCCCAGUGGAGAGAAAGAAGAAAGGAAAAAGGAAAAGUGAAACAACAGUGGAGAGUUUAGAGCUGGAUCAGGGCCUGCCGAACCCAUCCCUGCGGAGUCCCGAGGAGUCCACUGAGUCUGCUGAUAGCCAGAAACGACGCUCAGGUCGACAAGUAAAACGCAGAAAAUACAAUGAGGACCUCGACUUUAAAGUGGUGGAUGAUGAUGGGGAAACAAUUGCUGUUCUUGGAGCUGGCCGAACAUCUGCGCUCUCAGCUUCUACACUGGCGUGGCAGGCAGAGGAGCCACCAGAAGAUGAUGCAAACAUCAUUGAGAAGAUAUUGGCAUCUAAGACCAUUCAAGAGGUUCACCCAGGAGAACCUCCAUUUGACCUAGAGCUAUUCUACGUUAAGUAUAGAAAUUUUUCCUACUUACAUUGUAAAUGGGCUACAAUGGAAGAGCUGGAAAAGGAUCCUCGCAUUGCACAGAAGAUCAAGCGAUUUAGAAACAAACAAGCACAGAUGAAGCACAUUUUUACUGAGCCUGAUGAAGAUUUGUUCAACCCAGACUACGUAGAAGUCGAUCGCAUCUUAGAAGUGGCCCACACUAAGGAUGCAGAAACAGGGGAGGAAGUAACACACUACCUGGUGAAGUGGUGUUCCCUGCCAUAUGAAGAAAGCACGUGGGAGCUAGAGGAAGAUGUGGAUCCUGCAAAAGUUAAGGAAUUUGAGUCUCUGCAGGUUCUGCCUGAAAUUAAGCAUGUGGAGCGGCCUGCUUCAGACUCCUGGCAGAAACUUGAAAAGUCCCGCGAGUAUAAGAACAGUAACCAGCUCCGAGAGUACCAGUUGGAGGGAAUGAACUGGCUUCUUUUUAAUUGGUAUAACAGGAAAAACUGUAUUUUGGCUGAUGAGAUGGGCCUAGGGAAAACCAUUCAGUCCAUCACAUUCCUUUCAGAAAUAUUCCUCAGGGGGAUCCAUGGUCCUUUUCUCAUCAUUGCACCUCUCUCUACUAUCACCAACUGGGAGAGGGAGUUCCGGACAUGGACAGAGAUGAAUGCCAUUGUGUACCACGGCAGCCAGAUCAGCAGGCAAAUGAUCCAGCAGUAUGAGAUGGUGUACAGGGAUGCACAGGGAAAUCCUCUUUCAGGAGUCUUCAAGUUCCAUGUUGUCAUCACAACAUUUGAGAUGAUCCUGGCAGAUUGCCCAGAGUUGAAGAAGAUUCACUGGAGCUGUGUGAUAAUUGAUGAGGCCCACAGAUUGAAGAAUAGGAAUUGUAAACUUCUAGAAGGGUUAAAGCUUAUGGCCUUGGAACAUAAAGUGCUACUCACUGGGACACCCUUACAAAACUCUGUGGAAGAGCUCUUCAGUUUGCUAAAUUUUUUGGAGCCAACACAAUUUCCUUCAGAGAUUGCAUUCUUGGAGGAGUUUGGAGAUCUGAAAACAGAGGAGCAGGUAAAGAAACUACAGUCUAUCCUAAAACCAAUGAUGCUUCGACGCCUGAAAGAUGAUGUGGAAAAGAACCUUGCUCCCAAACAAGAGACCAUCAUUGAAGUAGAACUGACCAAUAUCCAGAAAAAGUACUACCGUGCUAUCCUGGAGAAAAAUUUUUCCUUUCUGACUAAGGGGGCAAAUCAGCACAACAUGCCCAAUCUCAUCAACACCAUGAUGGAGCUGAGAAAGUGCUGUAACCAUCCCUACUUGAUCAAUGGGGCAGAGGAAAAAAUUCUGGAAGAUUUCAGAAAAACUCACAGCCCUGAUGCUCCUGACUUUCAGCUGCAGGCCAUGAUUCAGGCAGCAGGGAAGCUGGUGCUGAUUGAUAAACUGCUUCCUAAGCUGAUUGCAGGUGGCCACAAAGUGCUCAUCUUCUCCCAGAUGGUGCGCUGCCUUGAUAUCCUCGAAGAUUAUCUCAUCCAGAGAAGAUACACCUAUGAGCGAAUUGAUGGGCGAGUACGGGGAAACCUGCGCCAGGCAGCCAUCGACCGAUUCUGUAAGCCAGACUCAGACCGCUUUGUCUUUCUUCUGUGCACCAGAGCGGGAGGCCUGGGGAUCAAUCUCACAGCUGCUGAUACCUGCAUCAUAUUUGAUUCUGACUGGAACCCACAAAAUGACUUGCAGGCUCAGGCCCGAUGUCACCGUAUAGGCCAGAGCAAAGCUGUGAAGGUGUAUCGCCUCAUCACUCGGAACUCCUAUGAGCGGGAAAUGUUUGACAAGGCCAGCCUAAAGCUGGGCCUGGACAAGGCUGUCCUUCAGGACAUCAACCGAAAGUGUGGCACCAAUGGAGUACAGCAGCUCUCAAAAAUGGAGGUGGAGGAUUUGCUCCGGAAAGGUGCUUAUGGAGCCUUAAUGGAUGAGGAGGAUGAAGGUUCCAAGUUCUGUGAAGAAGAUAUAGACCAGAUUCUGCAAAGGAGAACCCACACCAUCACUAUCCAGUCCGAAGGGAAAGGGUCCACUUUUGCCAAGGCUAGUUUUGUGGCUUCAGGAAACCGGACAGAUAUUUCCUUAGAUGACCCUAACUUUUGGCAGAAAUGGGCUAAAAUUGCUGAACUGGACACUGAAGCAAAGAAUGAAAAGGAAAGCUUAGUGAUUGAUCGGCCUCGUGUAAGAAAGCAGACCAAACACUACAACUCGUUUGAGGAAGAUGAGCUUAUGGAGUUUUCAGAGUUAGACAGUGACUCAGAUGAACGACCCACAAGAUCCAGACGACUCAAUGACAAAGCCAGGCGCUACCUCCGAGCUGAGUGCUUCCGAGUAGAAAAGAACCUGCUCAUCUUUGGCUGGGGCCGCUGGAAGGACAUCCUGACUCAUGGACGAUUCAAGUGGCACCUGAAUGAGAAGGACAUGGAAAUGAUUUGCCGGGCCUUACUGGUGUACUGUGUCAAACAUUAUAAGGGAGACGAGAAGAUUAAGAGUUUCAUUUGGGAACUAAUCACACCUACCAAAGAUGGACAGGCCCAGACUCUCCAGAACCACUCAGGGCUGUCUGCCCCAGUCCCUAGAGGAAGGAAAGGAAAGAAGAUGAAGAACCAGCUACUGCUCCCAGAACUAAAAAAUGCAGACUGGCUAACGACCUGCAACCCUGAAGUGGUCUUGCAUGAUGAUGGCUACAAGAAACACCUCAAGCAGCACUGUAAUAAAGUCCUUUUGCGAGUCCGAAUGCUGUACUACCUAAAAGCUGAAAUACUGGGCGAAGCAGCUGAUAAAGCAUUUGAGGGAACUCCUGCCAGGGAACUGGAUGUGCCUCUGCCUGACAUUGACUACGUGGAGAUCCCAGUGGAUUGGUGGGAUGCUGAGGCUGAUAAGUCCCUUCUCAUUGGCGUUUUCAAGCAUGGUUAUGAGAGGUACAAUGCCAUGCGAGCAGACCCAGCCCUCUGCUUCCUGGAGAAAGUUGGAAUGCCAGAUGAGAAAUCCCUUUCAGCAGAACAGAGCAGUACAGAUGGGACAUCAGACAUUCCUGAAAGAGGCACCACGGAUAAAGAAGACAAUGCUGAAGACAAAUUAGAUGGCCUCCAGAAACAAAUGGAGAAUUCCAGUGAUGGCGGUGAAGGCUUAUGUGGUGAGAAGAAAGACGACAGCCGGCCAGCCCAGGAUAGCUCCGACCCAGACAAAUCACCCUGGCCGGUUUCAUCAGCUCUGACAGCUCGUCUCCGGCGUCUGGUCACUAUUUACCAGCGCUGCAAUCGUAAAGAGCUCUGCCGACCCGAAAUCCUGGGACCAGGUAACCAAGGAUACUGGGUCCAGGAGGAGGUGUUCAGGAGAACCUCAGAAAUGGACCUCAUCAACAAGGAAGCUCAGAAGAGGUGGACCAGGAGAGAGCAAGCAGACUUCUAUAGAGCAGUGUCUUCAUUUGGCGUUGUUUAUGACCAAGAGAAGAAAACCUUCGACUGGACCCAGUUCCGCAUCAUUUCCCGUCUGGACAAGAAGUCAGAUGAGAGCCUGGAACACUAUUUUUAUAAUUUUGUGGCCAUGUGCCGAAACGUCUGUCGUCUGCCUGCGUGGAAAGAUGGUGGUCCCCCAGAUGCUACCAUCUACGUUGAGCCCAUCACUGAGGAACGGGCUGCAAGAACUCUUUACCGCAUCGAGUUGUUACGGAAAGUCCGAGAGCAGGUACUCAGGUGUCCUCAACUGCAUGAGCGCCUCCAACUCUGCAGGCCCAGCCUCUACCUUCCAGUCUGGUGGGAGUGUGGGAAACAUGAUCGAGACCUGCUCAUCGGUACAGCUAAACACGGGCUGAACCGAACUGACUAUUACAUCAUGAAUGACCCCCAGCUAUCCUUCCUGGAUGCCUACAGAAACUAUGCCCAGCAUAAAAGAACUGACACUCAGGCACCAGGUGGUCUCUGUUGUCUCUACCAGACCAACUCCAAGUUAUAUGAAUCUCUUGCCUAUUCUCAAAUGAGUAGGACUUCAGAGUCUCUUGAAAGUGAACCUGAGAAUCUGGUGAAAAUUGAAAGCAGAGAUGAUCAUCUUGGUUUGCGUGGAGGCAGCUUCCCUGAUGUGACUUGUGACAAUUUUAUUUCUAAAGUUCAGGAUGUAAUUUCUAUCAACCACGAUGAAAGUCUGCUGCCUGAGUCCUUGGAGAAUAUGAUGUUUGGUAAGGUACUCAGCCAAGAGCCAGGCUCUUUUCAGGAGGGCCCAAUUAUCAAUGCAGAAUCCAGAAAAGAUGCUGUUGGUAUCUCAGCAAACAGAAGUGCAAGCUGCCGGCCCAGUGACCGUGAAGCAGAAAUAGCUUCAGUUUCUCUUAUGGAUACCUUAGAAGCAGGAGUAGCUCAAAUGAACAUUAAAAGUGGAGAACCUGUGUUGACACCUAUUUCAAAGGAAAGGGAGCACUGCUGCGACGAGGCAGGGCAGAGACCUGGAAGCAUGGGGCAGCUAGAAGCCAAAAGCAUACCUUCCACUGCCUUGGAUGUGGGAAAUGAAAGUGGGUUUGUAGAUAUGUGCAGUCUUAGUGUCUGUGACUCCAAAAGAAACCUCUCAUCAGAUCAGAAAUUAAUGGAUUUAUUAGAAAACAAAAGUUUAGAAAGUAAGUUGAUUUUGAGUCAAAACCAGAGUGAUGAGGAAGAGGAUGAAAAUGAGGGAGAAACUUUAACCGUGGCAGCAGGCACAAGAGAAAAGCCAGAGGUUUUACAUCUCGCUAAUCCCACUGCUAACAUCCCAAGGGAAAAGAGUCACGGCUUCCAUCUGGACGAAGCCAAGAAAGGAAGCCUGGAGGUGGUGAGCCAAACUGGACCGCCGAGGGCCUUUCCUCCAGCAUUCUGCCAGUGCCACUGCAAACACAUGGAAAGGUGGGCGCAUGGCCUCGGGAGUGAUGAAUUUGAAGUGGAGAAACCCAAGGCUUAUAAGCCAGACCUGUAUAAAAGCAAAGCCAAUAAUACCACAGUGGAAGGUGAGCCCACUGCUAUUCCAUCAGAGCCAUUUAAAGUAAAACCUGAGCUUUUGAAAGAACCCUGGAAAGAAAGUGCAGAAAGGAAAAAAGGUUUUUCCACAUACGCUUCUGAAGGAAGUGAGCCCAAGUCAGAAGACAUGGAUUUCGAGAAUAAAGAUGAUUAUGAGAGAGAUGGGACCUGCCAUAGUCAAGACUACCCAGGGAAAUAUUCUGAAGAGGAGAGCAAGAGCUCAGCAUCAGGUAUUGCCGGAGACCUUGGGGAUGACCUACAAGAGGCUCGCGCUCCCACCAUUGCUCAGCUGCUACAGGAGAAAACCCUCUAUUCCUUCUCAGAGUGGCCAAAGGAUCGCGUGAUAAUUAACCGCCUAGAUAGCAUCUGCCACGUGGUGUUAAAGGGGAAGUGGCCUUCUAGCCAACAGUAUGAACCCUCAGGCACACUGUCCACUGCAGUCUUAGCCAACAGUGCUGGUUCUCGGAACAGUCUCUCAGAGCCAGAAGCGGCAGAACACAGCUUCAGCAAUGGUGCGACGUUGGCAGCUCAGGUGCAGAAGGAGAGCUUCUUAGCCCCAGUAUUCACAAAAGAUGAACAAAAGCACAGACGUCCCUAUGAGUUUGAGGUGGAGAGGGAUGCCAAGGCUCGGAGCCUAGAACAGUUCUCUGCCACCCACGGGCACCCCCCCAUCGUCCUCAAUGGCUGGCAUGGGGAAUCAGCUAUAGACCUCUCCUGCUCAUCAGAGGGGUCCCCAGGAGCCACAUCCCCUUUCCCAGUGAGUGCCAACACCCCUAAGAUUGGGGCUAUCGGUUCACUUCAAGGAGCCCUUGGCAUGGACUUGUCUGGGAUUCUGCAAGCUGGUCUGAUCCACCCAGUGACUGGACAGAUUGUCAACGGAAGCCUCAGAAGAGAUGAUGCUGCGAUGAGGAGGCGGAGGGGAAGACGAAAACAUGUUGAAGGAGGGAUGGACCUCAUCUUUUUGAAGGAGCAAACACUUCAGGCAGGAAUCUUGGAAGUCCAUGAAGACCCAGGACAGGCCACUUUGAGCACUACACACCCUGAAGGCCCAGGACCUGCUACCUCGGCCCCUGAGCCAACAGCAGCAGCCAACGGCCAGGCCGAGAAAGCCAUUCCAAGCAAGAGCCUGCUUGACUGGCUACGGCAGCAGGCUGAUUACUCCUUAGAUGUUCCUGGCUUUGGGGCAAAUUUUUCAGACAAACCAAAGCUGAGGAGGCCACGCUGUAAUGAACCUGGAAAAUUAGACAUCAGCUCUCUGAGUGGAGAAGAGAGGGUUCCUGCUGUCCCCAAGGAACCAGGACUGAGGGGAUUUCUCCCAGAAAACAAGUUCAAUCACACCCUGGCUGAGCCUGUACUUCGGGAUGCAGGCCCCCGCAGGAGGGGGAGGCGGCCUCGGAGUGAACUCCUGAAAGCUCCAGCCAUUGUAGCAGACUCUCCCUCUGGAAUGGGGCCUCUAUUCAUGAAUGGGUUGAUUGCAGGAAUGGACCUGGUGGGACUGCAGAACGUGAGAAAUAUGCCAGGUAUCCCUCUCACCGGGCUGGUGGGCUUCCCAGCUGGCUUUGCAACCAUGCCUACUGGCGAAGAGGUGAAAAGCACCCUGAGCAUGCUGCCCAUGAUGCUGCCAGGCAUGGCCACAGUGCCCCAGAUGUUCGGUGUUGGAGGCCUCCUCAAUGCUCCCAUGGCAGCCACCUGCACGUCCACUGCUCCAGCGUCUCUGUCAAGCACAACAAAAGGUGGUAUAGCAGCCGCUGAAAAGACUACAGAGGACAAACCCAGCAGCCCUGAUGAAAAAGCAGACACAUUAGCUGAAGACAAGCCUGGUCCUAGUCCAUUUUCUGAUCAAUCUGAACCUGCAAUAACUACUAGUAGCCCUGUGGCUUUUAACCCAUUUCUCAUCCCAGGAGUGUCUCCUGGACUCAUUUACCCAUCCAUGUUUCUCUCCCCCGGUAUGGGCAUGGCUCUGCCAGCCAUGCAGCAGGCCAGACACUCUGAGAUAGCUGGUCUGGAGAGCCAGAAGAGGAAGAAGAAGAAAACAAAGGGGGACAACCCAAACCCCAACCCAGAGCCUGCUCCUGGGCACGAAAGGGAGCCAGGCACUGAUCAGAACUGCACCGAAUCGAGUACCCCUUUACCCCCAGAGAGAGAACAUGUGGCACAGUCUGGAGAAGGGGGACUCAAGGACGCCAACAGUGACACCAAUUAGAACUUUUUCAUUUAAGAAAUUAUUGUGACUUGUAAGUUUCUUAUCCCAUAAAGGUUUGUUACUUCCCUCACUUCACCUUCAUAAGAACCUGUGUUUCCAUAAGUAAUAUGACCUACCUAAUUUUCUGUCUGAGAACUAUGGUAACAGAUGUUAAUAGUUGCAGGGUCUUGCCACUUCGUUAGAUAAAUGUUGUCUACCUAGUCUAGGAGGCACAGAAUUCUCAUUCAGUUACCCAGUCGUUCAUUCCAGCAAUCGUAGUUAAUACAGUACUUGGUGACACAUCCUACCCCCUUCUCUUCCAAGUUUCCCACUUACUGAGGAAAAGGAAAAGGAAGCUGUCCAGGGAUUUACCAUUGAAGGGUUGAAGAACAGACACAAAGACAAGUUAUUUUUCUCGUGAGCUAAGUUAAAUAGGGAAAAAUGUAGCAAGAAAACCAAAAAGCACAGAAAAAGGAAGUGUUGGUGUGUUUUUCAGUUAAAAUACAUCCCUAUUUUAUUCUGAUUUCUGAGUAGUGUAGUCCAAAGUACAUAACUAAUGGUUGAAAAUGCAUAUAUUGAUUUCUUUAUUUAAAAAAAGAAACCACAAAACUUUCCUGGAAGUAAUAUAAUUUCUCCCUUCAUGGUUUUUUAGAUACUUUUAGCAAGAAGAAAUACUAGCUGACUAGGCAUUAUUUUAUGUAUAUGUAUCAAUCCUCCCCCAGGUUAAAAGGUGACUCUAAAUUGAAGAAAGUGUCACACACUUUGAGUUACCACCAGCAACCAGGGUGGGACAAGGGCUCACUCACUGUACUGCAGAGUUGCACGCUGCUUCGCAAGCGCACCCCUGGAACUCUGCUCCCUUCUCCCCGAAACUUCUCUGGUCACUAAUUUGCCUCAUUGUGUUCAGAGAAUCUUACUGGGUUUUUAUAUGUUCUUUCCUUCUUUAAGAAUAAGGCUUUCAGAGCCUGGGAGAAGAUAGUUCUCCACACUUGCUAGGGUCUGUCUUCACAGUUAUCUGAGGUUGUCAAAAUGCACGAACCUUCUUUUACACUACAGCUGUGAAAAGGUUUUUUCCCCUCUCUCCGUUAUUGCUUCACUCUUUGUAUCUUACAGUUGGGCCCAAAUUCCAAAUCAUCACUUAGCCGAGACUAUUGCAGGUCAGCAGUACUCUCCGCCGUUCCUCUGCUUGCCCGCGUUUAGGAGCUGAGUGGGGAAGAAGCCCUCUGAGAGACUUGCCACUUGCUUUCACCUUCGCUCAUGUGUUUCACACCCUUCCUGAUGCUCUUCUCCUUCGUGGACAGUUCGUGCUCGGAGACUUGAAAAGAGAUCCCAGAUCAGCUCUGGGGGCAGAGGGCUUGCAGGGCUAUUGGAAGUGUUGCAAGUGUUACUAGUACCAGUUUCACUUUGUGUUGUCACAAUUUACUGUAUUUUUUACUGUUUCUGUUACAGUUUUGCUAAUUUAUCAGAAGGUCCAAAAGUUUGACAUAACUAUUUCAGUUUGCAUUAUUUAUUUAUGAUGCUUUUGUCAUUGUCUUUUAUACAUUUGGAAUUAUAAAUUAUGUAAAUGUUAAAAUGAGCAUCUCAAAGAAGUCUGUUAAGUUGUGACCGAAGAAAAUCAAUCAGAUGUAUUUUCAAAAAGCAGAGUCCCAGUUUUAUGAAUCAGAGCUAUAAACCUAGAAAUGCUAUAACUGAUCCUAUGAGAAGAAUCUGAUAAUUGAAUAAAUUCUAUUUAAUAACAUUCUUGUAGUGUAGGUGGUCUACAAUGCUGACAACAGAUUUCUUAGAAAUGCUGCUCUCUCUAUUUAACUAACAUUUUGUUCAUUUUGCCUCCAGUGGAAGCAGAAAGGGUUUUUUCAGCUGUUAAAUCCUAAAAAUCAAUAUAAUUUAUUUAUGUAAAAGAAAAAAUCACUCAAUCGAUAUAUUUUUGAACCUUUUAAGUACUAAUUUUCUUUUUAUCAAGUAGAAAAAAAUGUAUUUGCCCUAAAUCCUUAAAAUACAAAUGCUAUAAAAAUUCCUGUAUCUUGAAAGCCUUACUGCAAAUGAGUAUUAUAGACAUCCAGCAAGGUCUGGUUUUCUUUGUCGUCCGCGUGUUGUUGUUGUUUUGUAUGGAAAAGCUGCUUUCCCCAGGUUCCACGUAAACCUCCAAUAGGUCACAGGGUUGAAUGUGGAUCUUACGUAAAAACCCACCAGCAUGCGCAACCCCUUGUUAUAUCUUAUCAAACCUGUAUGUUAACUCGGGUGUUCAGGCUUCUGUUUGACUGCUAUUGUGACCCUGUUUUUGCAAAAUGAAACUGACACUCUGUGGAUUACUUGCUCUGUAAGGCAUAAGUGCUGCUUAUGAUUAUUUUGAUAUUUCUAAGAGCAAAAGCCAAAUUUAAACUCUCUUCAGCAAA